AUGAAGGUUGUCCUGUGGCUGCUGCUGGCCGGGUUCUGUCUCUGCCAGGGCUUGACCGUCGACUGGGAUAGAGGCCAGCUGGUGGUCAGAGGACUCGAUGGAAGGAUCAUUAAAGAUGGAGACGGAGAUGAUAAAGACUCUCUCUGGCUGGUCUCUUCUUCCUUUGAGUCUCUUCUCUGGCAAUCAUCACCAUCACCAUCAACUUCGACUUCAACACCACUUACCAUCACCCUGCCGUCUCUGCUCCUGCGCCUCCACAGACCUUCUCACCUCUUCACCCUCGAGCUCCGGCGUGAUGGCUCUCCGCUGCUCCUCUCCGCGCCCUUCUCCAUCCCCCCGGCCAGACUAACCCAACGCUCUCCAUCACCCGCAUCGCCAUCGACAUCGCCAUCGCCAUCAAUUGAACCGGCACCGGGUUUCCACAAGGACGAACAUCCCAACCCGGGUGCCAGCCAGGGCCUGGCAUGGGGUGUCACCAUCGCCAGUCUCGCGGCCUCGGGUCUCGCAGCGUGGCUCUGCAUCUACCGGCUGAGGAAGAGGAGACGACUUGCGGGAGGGCCUAGAGAUUCAGCUGGGCACAGCAUCAACGGCGACGAAGAGGAUGAAGCAGGUCAAGCUGAUGAACAUGUCAAUGGACAUGUCAAUGAAGAACAUGGACAAGGACAAGGACAUGGACAUGGAACCGAGAUGGAGGUUCUUCAGGAUAGAGAAAAGGAGGAGAAGACAGAGACGACGGAAGAGACAGGAAAGACAGCGAAGAAAAGCGAGGGUACAGGUCAACUCGACAGCGCGAUGAUGGCCCGGCUGGGGGUGUAG